AUGAAGAAGGAGGUGGUGAUCAUCGGAGCCGGUCCGGCAGGGCUCGCCGUGGCGGCAUGUCUCAAUAGCUUCUCCAUACCAAACAUCAUAUUUGAGAAAGAAGAUUGCAUUGCUUCUCUUUGGAAGAAGAAGGCAUAUGAUAGACUCAAGCUUCAUCUUGCCAAAGAUUUCUGUUCACUGCCAUUGAUGCCACAUUCAAAGACCACACCUACUUUCAUUCCCAAGGAUCAAUUCAUCCAAUACUUAGAUCAUUAUGCAAAGCAUUUCAUGAUUAAUCCUGUAUUUUGCACUGAGGUGGAGUCUGCAAGAUGUGUGAUGAAUGAGAGAUCACACAAAUGGGUUAUAAUGACCAGGAAUAAGAUCACAGGUGAGGUGCAUGAACACAUGUCUAACUUCUUGGUUGUUGCCACCGGAGAGAACUCUGAGGGUAUCAUUCCGGAGGUUGUUGGGCUUGAGAGCUUCGCCGGAGAAGUCAUGCACUCAUCGGAGUAUAAGUCCGGUGCCGGCUUUGAAGGGAAGAGAGUUCUUGUUGUUGGGAGUGGUAAUUCUGGCAUGGAGGUUGCUUAUGAUCUCUCAAAUUUUGGAGCCAUGACUUCCAUUUCCAUACGUAGUCCGGUCCACGUGAUGAGCAAAGAGAUGAUAUAUUUAGGGAUGGUGCUUGUGAAGUACUUACCAGUUAAAGUGGUGGAUGGUCUUCUUGUCAUGCUUGCAAAAUUAAAGUACGGAGAUUUAUCCAAAUAUGGGAUUGUUAGACCAAAGAACGGGCCAUUAACCAUCAAGAUUUCAACUGGUAAAUCUGCUGUUAUUGACGUUGGUACUGUUCACAAGAUUAAAACAGGAGAGAUUAAGGUUGUGAAAGGGUUGUUGAGUAUUAGAGGGAAUGAGGUAUUGUUCACUGAUGGCAAAUCAUACCAUUUUGAUGCUAUAAUAUUUGCAACUGGUUAUAAAAGCACUGCAAACACUUGGUUGAAGGAUGGUGGCUGCUUAUUAAAUGAAGAAGGAUUGCCAAAGCAGAGCUUUCCAAAACAUUGGAAAGGAAUGAAUGGAGUAUACUGUGCAGGGCUUGCAAGAAGAGGAUUGGAUGGAGUCUCCAUGGAUGCUCAAAACAUUGCUAAUGAUAUCAAGGAGCAAAUUAAUACAAUAGCUAAUGAAUGA